AAUCGAAAAUAUCUAAUUAGAAAACUUUAUUAGAAGUUUUGAAGUAUGAUUUCAACAAAUUUAGUACUAUAUCAGUCUAAAUAAAUAUAUGAAGGACCAAAAUAAAGCAAACCCAAUACCUCAAGGACCAUUUUGAUCAUUUUCUCGAUAAAUAUAUAUUAAAAUUCAAUAAUCCAACUUGACCCCGUUUAUUUCAAUAUAUUACACAAACUUGCCAACAUUUCUUUCAUCAAAUCAAAUCAGAUCAAAUACUGCGCCGCAAAUUUCAGUUGAAAGGAGCUCACCAGUUGCUCCAUGGCCUCGUCCCUCUUCCAGAAAUUUCAAGAGGCCGUCAAAGUUCUUGCAAAAAGUCCCACAUUUGCUAAAGAUCCAAGGAGUCUUCAGUUUGAAGCUGAUGUAAACCGCCUCUUCCUUUACACUAGUUACAAUCGUUUGGGGAAAGAUGUCGUUGAAGCUGAUGCAGAGGAGAUCAUUGACAUGGCUGGCAAGGCCUCCCUAGCUGAUCAACAGAAGCAGGUCCAAGAAAAUGUGCAUUCCCAGAUUACAAACUUUUGCAAGUAUAUGAAUCACAUAUUACAACCUGAUCUUAAGGUCAAGGAAAAGCAGGGCACAUCAUCUUCUGAAAAUAAUUCUUCUCCUCGUCGCAGUGGUCUCAGUCUUGCUAUUGGUAGGACUGCUCCAUCGAAGGACCACAUCGCUAUACCUGAAAGCAAGCCAUUGAAGCGCACAGAGGUUUCACAGAGUUUAAAGGAUCUUAUGGGCUACACUCUCGAGGUCAAACCUUCUCGAAUUCCACACGAGGAUGCUGGGCAAGGUUUAUUCAUACAUGGCGAAGCUGAUGUUGGUGCUGUGUUAGCAUUCUAUCCUGGUGUAAUCUACUCCCCUGCAUACUACCGCUAUAUUCCUGGAUAUCCACAAGUUGACUCCCAAAAUUCAUAUUUGAUCACACGGUAUGAUGGAGCUGUGAUAAAUGCACAGCCUUGGGGUGCUGGUGGUGAGUCUCGUGAAAUAUGGGAUGGGUCGUCUCUUCCUGAACCUAAUCACAUCAUGCAAGCUGAUGGAAAGGGUUCUGAGCGAAUUUGGAAAAUGCUCAGUAAGCCAUUGGAUGGAACACGUCUAGGAGGCAACCAUGAAGUGCUGGAAAGGAGAAACCCUCUAGCCUUUGCUCACUUUGCCAACCACCCAGCAAAAGACAUGGUACCAAAUGUAAUGGUAUGCCCUUAUGACUUUCCUCUUCCAGAGAAGCACAUGAGAGUCUAUAUACCAAAUAUUUCAUUUGGAAAUGAUGAAGAAGCUAACAUGAGGAGGUUUGGCACCUUUUGGUUCAAAUCUUGGAAGUCUGGCAAGAAUGGAUUAGAUGUCCCUGUUCUAAAGACGCUUGUUCUUGUGGCAACUAGAGCAAUUAGUAAUGAAGAAAUUCUCCUGAACUACAGAUUGAGCAACUCAAAGCGAAGACCACCAUGGUACACUCCAGUGGAUGAGGAAGAAGAUCGAAGGAGGUGGAGCUAAAGAUGAUAAUGAUGAAUGGUUCAUGUUGAAGUGUACCAACCAUGAAAUCAAGUGCAUUUCUGUAUAUGACGCCAGGAAAACAGUGAGAACAUUUAUUUUGGUGACUAUAAUCUAGUUCACUUUUGGUUUUCCAUCUUUUUGAAUGGUUUGCUUGUAGCAAUUAUGGCUGGUGGCCAAGCUAACCUCUUAAGAAAAUGAUUUGCUGAGCUGGACAA